GACUACACAAUCGCAUGGAUAUGUGCCCUGCCGCUGGAAUUGGCAGCAGCGGAGGCAAUGCUAGACGAGAGUCAUCCAAGUUUGCCGGCGAAGCCAAACGAUGAUAAUGUAUACAUUUUAGGUAGGAUACACCUUCAUAAUGUGGUUAUUGCCUGUCUUCCUUCCGGAAUUUACGGCACAACCUCUGCUACAGCAGUAGCUACGCAAUUGAGGUCUUCGUUCCAGUCGAUACGAUUCUUUCUCAUGGUGGGUAUUGGAGGGGGGGCGCCAAGUAAAAAACACGACAUUCGUUUGGGUGACGUUGUGGUCAGCAGGCCAACAGGGCACUUAGGAGGUGUCGUGCAAUACGAUUAUGGUAAAGCUAUCAGUGGCGGUCGUUUUGAACGUACUGGAGUAUUGAAUAAGCCGCCGCCAGUGCUCUUGUCAGCUAUCUCUAAGCUGCAAGCAACCUCUAUGUCAAAACCAAACAAAAUUUACUCUAUUAUCACUCAGAUAAUGACUAGGAACGAUAACAUGAGAAAGGCUUUUGCACAUCCCGGUGAAGGCCAAGAUCUAUUGUUUGAAUGCGAAUACGAACACCCUGAAUCUGAAGAAAAUUGCGGGAACUGUGACAAGAAGCGACUCAUAGAGCGGUCAUCCCGAGUCGGGCACGACCCUUUUAUUCACUACGGCCUUAUUGCAUCUGGGAACCAAGUGGUGAAAGAUAGCCGCAUCCGAGAUAAGAUCGUUCAAGAACUUGAUGUCCUUUGUUUUGAAAUGGAGGCAGCUGGCUUGAUGGAUAAUUUUCCUUGUCUAGUGGUUCGAGGCAUUUGUGAUUAUUCGGACUCUCAUAAAAACAAGCAGUGGCAAAACUACGCAGCAGCAGUUGCCGCCGCCUAUACCAAGGAGCUUCUAUUGGCGGUCCAUGCGAAUCAGGUUUCGGACACACCGGCGGCAGAUUUGAACGUUUGCUCAAAAUUUGUUACGAGGGCCACGCUAAUCCAUUAUGUAGUUGAUGAGACGUUACUCGAACGAAUAUCAAGCUACGAUCACAACAGAAUUCAUCGGAGACUAUCUCGAAAACGACUUGUUGGCACUACUCAAUGGUUUCUCAAUCAUCCAGAUUUCACAGCUUGGAUCCAAGGAGAGGAAAACUUUAACCUGUGGUGCUCAGGCAAAAUCGGUUCCGGCAAAACGAUGAUAGCGACUGCGGUGAUAGAGGCUGCCAAAUACCGGUUUUCUGGAACACAAUCCCCGACUGUCUUUUUCUACUGCGACUAUGAACACAACGACGGACUAGACGCGUCAUAUAUUGUCUCAAGUCUUAUCAAACAAAUUUGCGAAUUUCUACAUAAGGCACCUGGAAAUUAUCCGGAAGAAAUUGUGCAAGAUUUAGAAAGAUUUUUUGGAUCUCGGCGAAUUCCUCCAGAUUUUGAUAACCUUCAGGAUGUCUUUGCAAAGCUGUUCGAUGCUGCACCGGAUACAGUAUAUAUAAUCGACGGCAUUGAUGCCCUCUCUGAGGAACAUGCUAGCCAACUUCUGAAGCUUGUACAGCGGUUAUUCUGUUGCCCUAGUCCUGCAAAGCGAUCACGAAUUCUGCUAUUAAGCAGAGACCAAAUUCCAGGAUACAUAAACAUCCAUACUUUCAUCCAUGGAAUUCGCCAAAUCUCAACAUCAAAGAACAUUACGCAAGAUAUCGAAACUUACAUAGAAACCAUCAUUCUUGAUAAAAUGAUGUACAGGAAGCUCACUGAUGAUGACGAGUUGUUAGAAGAGGUCAAGAAAAAACUUUUAGCUGAUUCUUCAGAUAUGUUUUUAUGGGUUUAUCUUCAAUUAGAGAUUCUGUGGGAUACAUGCCACACAGACGCAGAAAUACGCUCAGCGUUGGCUACACUUCCCAAGGGCAUAGAAGAAACAUAUCGUCACUGCGUUGCCAGGAUAGAUUUUCAAGAUAAAUGGGCCCUCAAAGUACUCAAAUGGGUUAGCUUUGCUAAAAGGCCUCUCAACAUUGAAGAGCUGAGAGAAGCAGUUGCCUUUGACUAUACAGACACAGAGUGGAACGGGGGCAGAAGGCCUCAAAGUGAGUUUAUUAUUGGCUGUUGCGCAAAUCUUGUUGCUAUCGAUCAUAUGGACAACUGUGUGCGAUUUGCACACCCUUCAGUUAAACAAUUUCUGGAGGAAGAUCGAAAAAAGUCUGCAGGGGAUAGAUGUAUUCCUGGAUAUCCAACAGAAGCCGACGGUGAUUUGGAGUGUGGAGAAUAUUGCGUCUUGUAUCUUUCUUUUUCGGAUUUCAGUCUUCAGCCCAUUAAAGAUUCAGCUGAAAGAAUAUCAGUCACUGUUCCAUCUCCCACCUCGAUCGCGAAAAUAGCUUCCAAUACUGGCACAAGGUUAUCUAAAUUAUUCCUCCGACAGUUUCAGGACCGGGGGGAUUUUAUUUCUCUUCCGCUUCGUAUGAUACGCACACAAGCCGCCCCAGAUCGAAUGAAAUUCAGAUUUUUGGAUUACGCUACUGCAAACUGGGCUUUACACACAAAAAAAAUAUCUCGCACAUCAUCAGCCUGGGAGAAAUUUGAGCGACUGGUGACCUGUUUCAACGAAACCUGGAAUUUUCAACCAUGGGUGCUUAGCGGUCAAUCGAAAGACUCUCAACUGCACAGCCUCUUUGGAUGGGCAGUGAAAGAGCAACAUGAGCCUUUCUUGUCGAUCGUACAGGGUGCAGGACCUUCAUUACAACGUGUCUGUGACCUUGCAUUAGUCCAUGAGAGUCUUCCCGCGCUUCAUUUCGCAUCAAAGUUUGGAUACAACGAAAUCAUUGAGAUUCUUCUGAAGUUCUGUGACGUAAAUAAAGUAGACCAGCAUGGAUAUGCCCCUCUACACUAUGCAGCCCGUAAAGGGAAUACUGAAACUACUCGAAUAUUGUUGCUUCAAAAAGGAAUAAAAGUGAACGUCAAAUCGAAUUUACAGUGCACGCCGCUCUGGAUAGCUGCUAGGGACGGACACGAGGGUGUCGUAUCGCUACUUGUUAAGAAACGGGCAAACCUUAGGGCAAAAGACACCGUUCGUCAACAGUCCGCCCUUUCAUGUGCAGUCAAAAACGGACACUACGCAAUUGCGAGACUUCUAGUUCAGAAAGGAGCAGAUAUAUUCUCCCGAAAUGUGAAUGAUCAUUCACCUCUGGGCUUCGCUAUCAUGAGCGAGAAUAAGGCAAUGAUGGGGCUUCUCAUG